CCCGCGCUGCCAGAGCGUUGGAUUGACUGUCCGCGCUCAGGCCAAGCAGUGCCGAACACGCGCUUUGUGCCGUUCAAAGUGCCCCUCUCCGAGGAGUUUGAUCCGCAAGUGCCGCUCGAUCGCAGGUUUCAUCCGCUCGACGCCCUGUCUAGCGCAGACAGCGACAAGCGGAUUGGACUUGUGAUUGACCUCACAAAGACAUCGCGGUUUUACAGCUCGCACGACUUUACGUCUCGCGGAGUGCAGUACUUUAAGCUGCCGUGCGAAGGCCACGGCUCUGCUCCGACAGAUGACAAUUACCGCGAGUUUGCACAGCGAUGCACUGCCUUUCUGGCCCAACGUCCAGACGAGUACAUUGGCGUCCAUUGCACGCAUGGCUUCAAUCGUACGGGCUUCCUGAUUGCUAGUUACAUGGUCGAAGAGUUGGGCUGCGAUCCCGAGUACACGCUCAUGCAAUUUGCGCAGGCACGUCCUCCUGGCAUUUACAAGGCCCAUUACAUUGCCGAUUUUUGCAAAAAGUACGGCGUGGAUGCAACCAACGUUCCCGUGCCAGAGCUGCCAAACUGGGACAACGCCGAAGCGCUGAUCGCGGAAGCACCUGGGGCCCGUGGUGUAGUUCGUCGCGCGGAUGACGGUGACGAGGAUUCUCGGCGAAAGCGAUCGCGGCCCGAGGAGGUCACGGUCGAAGGCGUCCCGAGCGCGCGUCUGGUUACUGGCGAGGUCGAGUCGGAAAUCAAACGCAAGGUGGCGCAAUGGACUGGCUGCCGUGGGUUUCCUGGAUCGCAGCCUGUCUCGCUGGACAGCCAGAACAUUCACUUUCUUGACAAGGAUGACUAUCGCUUGAGCUGGAAGGCGGACGGGACACGGUACAUGAUGCUCAUCAUGAACGACAGCACCUUUUUGCUCGACCGUGACGAUAACGUCAUCGAGGUUGACCACCUCAUUUUUCCCCAGCGCAAAGACCCUCAUCGCCGAGUACAAGACACGCUUUUGGACGGCGAGCUGGUUCAGGAUGUGUUUAACGGUGUUCGACGCGCAAGGUUUCUGAUUUUCGAUGUCGUCCUCUUCCAAGGCCAGCAGUUUGGCCAGACGCUGCCCUUCACGUCGCGUCUGCAGGUUGCCGAGAUUGAAAUCUGUGGACCUCGGCAGCAGCGGCGAACUGCACACCCGGACGAAUUCGCGGACGAGCCAUUGUCCAUCCGCGUCAAGCCCUUCUACCCGCUCUCGGACGUCCGCAAGGUUUUGGCCAUGGAGGUAGGCCACGAAAAGGACGGAUUGGUGCUGCAGCCGCCAGGCCCGUACGUUUACGGACGAUGCCACGCUCUGUUGAAAUGGAAGCCUCCGGAAUUGAACUCGGUCGAUUUCCUGCUGAUGGCGUCCAAGACCCAGGCUGUUGGAUGUCUGCCAGAAUACGUCGGAACGCUGUACAUGGGUGGUGCGAACGGCUCGAUUGAGCAAGCGGGUCGCAUUUCCUUUCCGAACGACCAAAUGUAUCAGGAGCUGAACGGGCGCAUUAUUGAAUGCCGUUUCAACACUGCUGCGCGGGGCUGGGAGUACCUAAAGACCCGGACAGACAAGAGCUACCCGAACGCCAGCUCGACGGUGCAAGGCGUCAUCCGUUCCAUUCGAGACAACAUUACAGAAGAUAUUUUUGUUGGGUACCUCGACAAGCUGAGCGAGAUGCGCCGCGGAAGAGAUCGCAAUUCCCGCGCUGCACCGCCGCACCACUCGCAGCACCACCGCAGUGACCCAAAUCGCCCUCAGGCUGCUCCGUCCAAACCAAGUCUCCAUCAGCCAGCCGAGCCCCAAGCCCAAGCCCAAGCCCAAGCGCAAGCGCCGCUGCAUGGCAACAUGGACAUGGAGCAAGGGCCGCCUGUGGUCUCGGCAGCUGGCGUGCAAUCUGCUCCACCAUCAGCACAUGCUGGUCAGCCUACAGCCGACUCUUGGCGCAACACGGCGCUCGAGUCGAACGAGACCCUUCCGCAGCCAGUGCUGGCCACCCCUGCCGUUCUUCCACAACCGACACAAUCGCGCUACAGUCAUCGUGAUGCUGAUGACGACGAUGACGACACGGUGCUUUGACGUCGUGUCGCUUCUGAUGUUGUUGUCAGACGACGCUAAUUUCUGUUUUGCCUGUUGCUUCUGAAUGGUGAACAUGGUUUGUCAAACUCAAUACAUACAAAGUACAUGUUGGCUGUAG